AUGUCGGGCGAAAGUUCCAAUACCAACAAUGUGAACUGUAAUAGAAAAGUAGCUCUUAUAACAGGAAUUACAGGGCAGGAUGGGUCAUACUUAGCAGAAUUUUUAAUUGAAAAAGGCUAUGAAGUACAUGGGAUCCUGCGUCGCUCUUCCUCAUUCAACACUGGCCGAAUCCAACACCUGUAUGGACAGCCAGCUUGUCAUACAGGAGGUCAGAUGCACUUGCACUAUGGUGACCUCACUGACACAACAUGUCUUAUAAGUAUAAUAUCUAAGACCCGGCCGAGGGAAAUCUACAACCUGGGCGCACAGUCCCACGUGAAGGUCUCGUUCGAGCUGAGCGAAUACACGGCGCAAGUGGACGCGCUGGGCACCCUCAGGCUCCUGGAGGCGGUGCGCGUGGCCGGCCUGGAGAAGGAGACCAAGAUCUACCAGGCCUCGACGUCGGAGCUCUACGGGAAAGUGGUGGAGGUGCCGCAGAACGAGAAGACCCCGUUCUACCCCCGCUCGCCGUACGCGUGCGCGAAGCUGUACGGCUACUGGAUAGUGGUGAACUACCGCGAGGCGUACGGAAUGUUCGCGUGCAACGGGCUGCUGUUCAACCACGAGAGCCCCAGGCGCGGGGAGAACUUCGUCACGAGGAAGAUCACGCGAGGCGUGGCCAAGAUCACCCUGGGCCUGAUGCCCUGCCUGGAGCUGGGCAACUUGGACAGCAAGCGCGACUGGGGCCACGCGAAGGACUACGUGGAGGCGAUGUGGCUGAUGCUGCAGCAGGAGACGCCCGAGGACUUCGUGGUGGCGACCGGCGAGGCGCACAGCGUGAGGGAGUUCGUGGAGAAGGCGUUCGCCCACGUGGGCCGCGGCAUCCAGUGGAGGGGCGGCGGGGCGGCCGAGACGGGCCACGACUGCGCCACCGGCCAGCUGCUGGUACGCGUCAACCCCAAGUACUUCAGGCCCACGGAGGUGGACUUAUUGCUUGGCGAUCCGAGCAAGGCGAGGCAGAAACUGGGCUGGGCGCCAAAAGUGACCUUCGACGAGCUGGUCAAGGACAUGAUGGAGGCCGACUUGGAGCUGAUGCGGAAGGAUCCACAGGCU